GGCAUGGCUCGGGUAGGAGGAGAAUGGGGAUUUAAAGGUAGAGGGAAAUGGGCUUUUUCGUACAAGAAGACCACUCUCAUCGUUUGCUCCAUUAACAUUGCCGUUGCUCUCUAUGUUCUUCGCUCUCUCUACGCUUCUCUCUACAUCUACUCCGAUAAAGAUACAGGCCCCACUUUUGAGUACACUCCGGAUCAGAUUAGGAAGAUGGAGGAAUCAAUUCGGAUUCGAAAAGCAGCUGAACCGGUUGAGCUAAUUAGAUUGGUGAAGGCACUUAAGAAGGAGCUUUACAGAGAGGCAGCAGUCGAAUUGCCACAGCCUUUGAAACUGAAGAUGACUAAUGAGAUAAUUAAUAGGUUGAAAACCUUGAGGCCCAACGCAAAUAUUACUGAGCAGAGAGAAGUAGUUGAAAGUUGGUGCAAGGAAAAACUAAAAGAAGCUAAGCAGUUGGCAACUGAGACUGAGGCUUCAAAUUCAACAAUUCUUCAUGAGGAAGCAGAAAUGCUACUAAAAGCUUUGGAAUCGGAUUGGACUUGGCUUUUGGAAGACAUGGGCCUUUGGAUUCCUGCUGAAAUUCGUAACACGGAACAUCAUGAUAAACCUGAGGGUGAAGAAGACGAUUUAGACGAAAUUUUGCCUGGCAGGCCACUUCCUCCUGAAUGCCAUGCAGAAGUUCAUACAGAUUAUGAUGGUGCUGCUGUAAGAUGGGGACUUAACUACCACAAAGAUAGUGCAGCUGACUGUUGUCAGGCUUGCUUGGACCAAGCUAGACGUGCUAAGCCUAAUCAAAAGAGAUGUAAUAUAUGGGUUUACUGCCCGUCAGAAACUGGUUGCUAUUCUCCAGAUAUCUACGAGCAUAAACUUGGAGAGUGCUGGCUUAAAUACGCAGAAACGCCUAAACUUAAUUUUAAGGACAAGUAUUCUGAAUCAUAUAGAGACCGCCAUCCAUCUGCACCGCUUGUUGUUCCUUGGGCCUCUGGCAUUGUUGGUGCACGAUAGGAUUUCGCCACUCCCAGCAGAAAAGGACAAACCCUUGUCGUUGUAACUUGACCUGCAAAGGCUUACCAUGUUCUGGAAACAUCACAAAGCACACGAACGAAGGUAACUUCACUGGAAUAUGUAAUCAUGGUCUCCCUGGGUUUAUAUACUUUAGUUCCGUUUAAAUUGUUGAUUGGAAAAUAGAAGAAAAUAGGGAGAAUUUUUGAAGAGAGGGAAAUGGAGCGACUGAAGGUUCAGGGUACGCUUCAUGCUGCUUGUUUGUUCACAAUCAUAUUUUUGUAAUACGGAUUGUCAUGGUGUCUGGCGCCGAUGAUUCAAGAUAAAGAAGUCCUGGUCGGAGGCAUAGUGAGGUUUGUCGUUAGACGUUGAAACUCUCCCCGCGAAUGAACGAGGGAUAUGAAUUUCUGUGUCUGAACGUUGUGUAAUACUCUCUAAUUCUUUGGAUGAUUACAUAAUGCUCUCUAUCUUUAAAAGUAGGAGUACAAAGUUUUCAGUUUCUUGUUGCUCAA